AUGGACACCUUCCUCCCCGCCACCGCACCCCCGAACGCAACCGCCCACCGCAUCGACUUCAGCCAGACCACCCCACCCCUCCCGCCCUACCGCCACCUCUUCGCCGCGAUCAUCGACAACAUCCUCACCGAACCCGAAUGCACCGAGCUCCUCCGCCUCGCCGAAGCCAGCACCACCACCCUCACCGCGACCUCCCAGACCCCCCAAUGGGAGCGCGCCAUGCUCAACGUCGGCGCCGGCGAACAGGUCCUCCGCCCGGACACGCGCAACUGCGGCCGCAUCAUCCUCGACGCGCCGGAGCUGGCGCAGAAACUGGGCGAUCGGAUCCUCCCCUUCCUGCGGGAUGAGUUCGGCCUCGACGUGCUGGAAAAGGACGCCUGGCGCGUGACGCUGCAGACGCGCCGGCGCUACCGGCUCACGCGGCUCAACGAGCGGCUGCGCUUCCUACGGUACCAGCGCGGCGAGUUCUUCCGCCCGCAUCGGGAUGCCUGGUAUACCACGCCGGAUCGUCGGGAGCGGUCGUUUUUCACGGUGCAUGUGUAUUUGAAUGGGGAGGGGCAGGGGCAGGGGCACGGGGACGAGGGUUUGGUGGGUGGGGCGACUUCCUUUGUGAGGCGCUUGGAGGUCGAGAGCGAGGAGGAUGAGGUCGUCAAGGUGCUUCCUAGGGUUGGGUCGGUGUUGGUCUUUCAGCAGAAUGAUCUGUUGCAUGCUGGGGAGCCGGUGGUGUCCGGGGUAAAGUUUACGUUAAGGACGGAUGUGAUGUAUGAGGAGAUUUUGGAGGGGGAAGAUUGA